AUGUCCAAGUUGUCUAGUGUCGCAAAGACCUCCAUGAUGGCGGCAAGAGCAAGCGCAAAGAACUCCCUGAGAUUGGCUUCCGCUGCCUCUGGCACCAAGACUAUGACAGUUAGAGAUGCCAUCAACUCUGCUUUGGCAGAAGAAUUGGACAGAGAUGAUGAUGUUUUCUUAAUGGGUGAAGAGGUUGCCCAAUAUAACGGUGCAUACAAGGUUUCCCGAGGCUUGCUUGACAGGUUCGGUGAGAGAAGAGUGAUUGACACCCCAAUCACUGAAAUGGGUUUCACCGGUUUGACCGUGGGUGCCUCUUUGGCUGGCUUGAAGCCAAUUUGUGAAUUCAUGACUUUUAACUUCGCCAUGCAAUCCAUUGACCACAUCAUUAACUCUGCUGCAAAGACCUUAUACAUGUCUGGUGGUAAACAGCCAUGUAACAUCACCUUCAGAGGCCCCAACGGUGCCGCCGCUGGUGUUGCUGCCCAGCACUCACAAGACUAUGCUGCUUGGUACGGAUCUAUUCCAGGCUUGAAGGUCAUUUCUCCAUAUUCUGCUGAGGACUACAGAGGUUUGUUGAAGGCUGCUAUCCGGGACCCCAAUCCUACUGUGUUUUUGGAGAACGAAAUGCUCUAUGGUGAGACUUUUGAAAUUUCUGAGGAAGCUUUGUCUCCUGAUUUUGUCCUUCCAAUUGGAAAAGCCAAGAUCGAGAGGGAGGGUUCUGAUAUCACCUUGGUGUCCCACACCAGAAACGUUGGCCACUGUCUCGAAACUGCAGAGAUCUUGAAGGAGAAAUACGGCGUAAACGCAGAAGUGUUGAACUUGAGAUCCAUCAAACCAAUGGAUGUCCCUGCUAUCGUUAAGUCUGUCAAGAAGACUGGCCAUUUGGUUACCGUCGAGGCAGGCUUCCCAGGUUUCGGUGUGGGUUCCGAAAUCUGUGCUCAGAUCAUGGAAUCGGAAGCUUUUGACUACUUGGACGCUCCAGUAGAGAGAGUCACUGGAUGUGAAGUCCCAACUCCAUACGCCAAAGAGUUGGAGGACUUUGCUUUCCCAGAUGCCGAGAUUGUCUUGAGAGCAUCUAGAAAGGUCUUGGGUUUAUAA